AUGCGUCAACUCACUGAAGAAGAGACUCGGACGCUCUUCACGAAGCUCGCAAACUAUUGCGGCAGCGAGCUCAAGACUCUGAUCGCCGGACCUUCUGGAGAAGGUCAAUCUGACCAAAUGGUCUUUCGCCUACAAAGAGAUCGAGUGUUUUAUUGCAGCCUGACCCAGGCAAACCUCGCCUCUGCUAUCCCGCGCGCAAAUUUGCUGUCCAUUGGCACUCUUAUGGGCAAAUUUACCAAGACCGGAAAGUUCAGACUGCAUAUUACGGCUUUAGCCGUCAUUGCUCCUCACGCCAGAUCCAAGCUCUACAUCAAGCAGAAUGGCGAGAUGCCUUUCUUAUACGGAGGAAACGUUGUCAAGGCCCAUGUCGGCCGUAUCUCGGAAGAGACUCCCGCAAAUUCGGGCGUUAUUGUAUUCAGCAUGGAUGACACACCCCUCGGCUUCGGCGUCACGCUGCGGUCAACAGCCGAGCUCAAGAAGUUGGAACCGACUGCGAUAUUUUUGGCGCGCCAGGGCGAUUGCGGUGAAUACCUGCGUGAGGAAGACUCGAUGUUCACGACCUGA